GUGUGAUAUUACGAUGUCGUCGCAUUAAAACUUAUCGACGACGUCUUAAUCCCCGUUCAAUUAUUCAGGGUUUUACUGCUCCAAUUACAAAAGAAGUGAGAAAAACCGCAAGAGAAUAAUCAGUGUGAAAGUGCGAAGGACUCUCUACGGAGAUGGCGGCAAGUGGUGUAACGGAGAGAAGGGGAAUACCGGCGGCAGCAUUUGUAGAAGACGUACUGUCGUAUCUCAAUGAAUCUGCUCUCGAUGUCAACUCUGCUCUUGCCUUCCUCCAAGAAAGACUUCAGCAGUACAGAGUGGUUGAGAUGAAACUUCUGGCUCAGCAGAGGGAUCUUCAGGCAAAGAUUCCUGAUAUAGAGAAAUGCUUGGACAUAGUUGCUACUUUGCAAGCUAAGAAGGACAGCGGUGAGGUUUGUUCUAGUGCUAUGCUUUUAAUUAUUCGUUUUUAUUUUUGAUUUAUAAAAUUUUAA